AUGCCCUCCCCAAUCCCCCGCCUCCUCCCACCAAUCUUCUCAAUCUUCGACUCGGGCCUCGCCGAAACAGCAAACAACCCCCUGUUCUACCUCUCCCACGACGCCGAACCCUCCGAGACAGACAACGCAAUCGGCAUCAACAUCCACGCAGGCCCCUUCUCCACCGCGCCCAUCAUCGCGCAUCUCACCCACCGCCUCUCUCCCCUCCCUCCGCGCCCCCGCCGCCGUGAAAGCAACUCCAGCGACACCCCCAAGAUCCUCCUCCACGAAGACCGCGGUCGACAAGGGAACGCUCUGGGCUUCCGCUCGCUUUUCAGCCGUAUCAUCCGCGGGAGAGGGUAUCAGGGCCUAUGGCGCUUCACGAUGCGUCUUCGGGAUCCUUGUUGGGCGGAGAUGACGACCGAUUCGUAUCUCGGAAGGGGAGGCUAUGCCAAAGUAGACGAAGAGUUAGUCGCCAUGAUAUCAAUUGACCCCUCGCGACCGUACCUUGGAACAGGAUUCCGAUUCCUCAACUCCGCUGCCAUUCCCCCUAACGCAAAAGAGACUCCCUUCUUGAACGACGACUUCGCGUUGGUGGCGAUCAUGUCCGGUAUUGGUAUCAUCAUGGGCGAGAACGAAACGUUAGGCGGCGUGCUGACGGCUGAGGAAAUACAAGCUUCACAGAGACCUCAUCUCAAGCGCGCCGCAUUAGUAGAGAAGCACGCCCGCGAGGCAAAGGAAUGGCUCGCUACUCUGGACCUCCUCGACGACAAUGACCGUGACGACGAGCCACCUCAUAUACGAAGGGCUGAAAGAAUAGCUCCAUGGAGGGACCUCCACGGGUCAAGAGGAACGGUCACACGGGGAAAAGAAGGAGUCAGUGGCAAGACAAAAAGCUCCAAAGCAACACCGCCUGGAGAUCGCCGACAGCGCAGUCUAUCAGCGCCCGAGACUUCUUCGCAGCGGAGGGCAGCUGAGAAGACUUUGCAUCACGAUGCAAGUCGUAGACAGGAAUGGGAGAAGAGGCCUGCCGUCGACGAGACGGACUACGCCGCUGCGGUCUUCACAGAGGAGCUCGUAUGGGGAUCGAGACCCGACGAGUCGGAGCGUCAUCUUGGCACAAGGAGGAACGCAAAUUGA